AUGGCGGUUGUGGGGGAUUUUCUUGUAGGGAAAGCACUCGAGUUACUGUAUGGUGGUGUCGAAACGUUGAUUGCCAAUAAUCUACUCUUUGAAGCUCUCUCCACCGACAUCAAGGCCAAGCUAGAUGCUUUGAGACCGAUGAUCCAAAAGAUGGUACAACGUAAUCAUCAGCGACCGGAUGGUCCAGAGGAUCCAGUCCUAAGAGAUUUACGAGUAUUAAUGGAGGAAGGUGCAGUUGUCGUCUCCAACUGCUGCUCUAAGAUUCGUAUUUGGAACUUCUAUAAGAAGUACAAGUACACCAACAAGCUUCUCAAGCUGAAUGAAGCUCUUGAGAAGCAGCUGAGUUUACUGAAUGUGCGUGUAGCAGUUGUUACAGACGAGAGCAAUGGCAUGCUGCAUGAGCUCUUAGAUAUUGCGAAUCAAAACAAAUCUGCAGGAAUUGAAGCAGGUUGUGCACUACCUGAACUACCGUCACUUAUAGUUGGAUUGGAUAUUCCACUGAAGGAAUUGAAGACGGAGUUUUUUAAGGAUGAAGUAUCACUGCUUGUAUUGACUGCUCCAGGAGGAUGUGGGAAAACUACUCUGGCAACAAAGUUCUGUCAAGAUCAAGACGUCAAAGAUAAGUUCAAGGACAACAUCUUCUUCGCCACUGUUUCUAAAAAGCCUAAGCUGGAGCUUAUUAUGACAGAGCUAUACAAACAAAAGGAUUAUAAGGUACCUACUUUCCAGAAUGGAGUAUUUCCAGUGAAAUGGCUACAACAAAUUGUGGAGAAAGAAGGUGAUAUUCCUUUAUUGUUGGUGUUGGAUGACGUUUGGUCCGGAUCAGAAUCUCUUAUUCAGAAAUUUGAAUUUACGAUGUCAAAUUACAAGAUUUUAGUGACAUCAAGGUCUGAGUUUCCGAGAUUUGGCCCUUCAUAUCAUCUCCAACUAUUAGAUGAUGAUAAUGCAAUGCAACUUUUUCAUCACACAGCAUUCUUAGGAGACAAGAGCUCUCAUAUCCCAAACGAACUUGCAAAAAAGAUAGUAAAACACUGUAAUGGAUUUCCACUGGCUAUUACAGUGGUAGGAAGAUCACUUUGCAGUCAACCUAUACAAACGUGGCGAAGUAGGGUAAAUGAAUGGUCAAAAGGUGCUUCAGUACUCGACUGUGAGAUGGAAUUGUUUCAAUGCCUCCAAAGCAGCUUUGAUGCCUUGGAUAAUGCAACGCCUAAGGUCAAGGAUUGUUUGUUAGACCUAGGUGCGUUUCCAGAAGAUUCUGAAAUCCAAGUUACAGCUCUCAUUGAUAUGUGGGCGGAGUUGUAUGAUCUAGAUGAAGAGAUGUCAUGCAUUGCCGAACUCUAUGAACUCAACAAUCGCAGUCUAGCUCUUCUACAAGGGGAUAUGCGGUUGGAAGUUGUACAGGAGGCAAUAGAAUAUAAUAGAUACGUUGUUAGGCAGCAUGAUUUGCUCAGAGAACUGGCUAUCUACAACUCAAAACGUGAUCCGAUGGAGCAUAGAGAAAGACUGAUCAUAGAGAUAUGUGGAAACAAUGUUCCCAAAUGGUGGAGAGAACAAAAAUAUCCAUACAUAAAUGCUCGCCUUGUAUCUAUCUCAACUGAUGGAGAGUUCUCAGUGAAACUGCCCGACAUGGAAUUACCAAAGGCAGAGGUUCUAGUCUUGAAUUCUCAAUCAGAAACGUCCUAUGCCAUACCCGAAUUUGUGGAGAGAAUGCAUAAACUAAAGAUGCUGCUUGUCAUAAAUUAUACCAGCUGGGCAAAAUUGGAGAAUUUUCAACUACUGGGCUCCUUAUCAAAUCUCAGGAGUCUCAGAUUAGACGGCAUCAAUCUUUCUAGCAUAACCAAGAGCCCAGUACAGUUGAAGAAUCUACACAAGUUAUAUUUGAGAGCAUGUCGAGAUGAGAGCAGAGAUCUGAAACUAUCACAUAUUAUAUUUCCAAAUCUGAAGGAAAUUGUUUUAGAAAGCUGCUCUUUCUGGAAAUUGACAGGAGUUUUCUGCCAGCUGAUUCAUUUAACAAAGCUCAAAAUCACUAGAAGACGCCGGUUAUACUGCGAGUUGUCUGAAGCCAUUGCAAAUCUGGUCAGUUUAGAAGCGUUGACGCUAGACGACGUCGGCUUAGUUGCAGGGAUUCUUGAAUCGAUUGGGAAUCUCAGGAAAUUAAAACUUCUUAAGAUUUAUAACGAUCGGGAUUUAGAGAAGUUGCCGGAACAGAUGGGUAUGCUUAAGUGUCUGAGACAUCUCAUCAUCGAGGGUUGUAGUAGGCUAUCUGCGUUGCCUGAAUCAAUUGGAAAUUUGGUGAAUCUAGAAGUAUUGAGUCUAAGGUAUUGUACCCUCUUGUCAGAGCUGCCGGAGUCGAUCAGAAAUCUCCAAAAGUUAAACUUUCUUGACAUGUAUAGAUGCAUAGAGAUCGAGGAGUUGCCUGAACAUUUUGGUGAAUUGAAGAGUUUAAUGAAGCUGCAAAUGUCACUGGCAGCUGAUGCCAUGUGGGUUGUGUUCCUUGCAAUGGAAGUCUCCCCGAAGCUCGAUAGAUGCACAAGUUUAAAGAAGGAAGAAAGACCAUACAUAUAUACCAGGUUAAAGAGAGCUAGCACUGUACUACUGAAAAUGGCUGUGGAUUUAGUGGCAGGGAAAGCAUUCGAGGCACUCUAUGCCGGUGUUGAAGAGGUUAUUCGCAAGAAUCGGAUAUUCUCAGAACUCUGCAAGGACAUCAAAUACAGGCUCGACUGUUUAGCACCACUGAUUGACGAGAUGGCGAAAUAUAAUCAAAAAUUGGAUCGCACAAAGGAGUUGGAAGCUUUAGAAAGACUCAUAAAGCGGGGCAUAGAGCUCGUCGGCAAAUGCUCUAAGCUUCGUAAGUGGAACAUCUACAAGAAGUGGAAGUACGCCAGCGAGUUUCUUGAAUUCAAAGAAUCACUCCAAAACGAGUUAGAUGUGCUCAAGGUGCAGGUAGCAAGAGAUGUGAAGAAGACUGAAGUUGGCGUAGAGAAUAUCCAGGUCGUGGUUCAAAACAUACAGGAGGAGGUUUCUAUGCUUGUGAAGCAAAAUGGAUCCGUAGAAAUCAAAGCUUUAAGUGCAGUACUACCUGAACUUCCAGCGCUAAUAGUCGGAUUGGAAGUUCCUAUAGAAGAAUUGAAGGUGCAGCUUCUUAAGGAUGAGGUAUCCAUUCUCAUCGUGACUGCUCCUGGAGGAUGUGGCAAGACAACUUUGGCAACAAAGUUUUUUCAAGAUCAAGACAUCAUAGAUAAAUUCCAGAAGAACAUCUUCUUCGUCACUUUUUCUAAAAAGCCCAGCCUGGAGCUUAUUAUGAAAGGGUUGUAUGAACAAAAGGGUUUUGAGGUACCUACUCUCCAGAAUGAAGCAACUCCAGUCAAAUGGCUGAAAAAAGUUGAGAUGGAAAAAGGUGAUGAUCCUUUAUUGUUGGUCUUGGAUGAUGUUUGGUCAGGAUCAGAAUCUCUUCUUGAGAAGUUUGAGUAUAGCAUGUCAAAUUACAAGAUUUUAGUGACAUCGAGGUCUGAAUUUCCGAGAUUUGGUUCCUCAUAUCAUCUAAAACUACUGGAUAGUGACAAUGCUAUGGAACUUUUUUGUCAUACAGCAUCCUUGGGAGACAAGAGCUCUUAUAUUCCAAAAGAUCUUUUAGAAGAGAUAGUAAAACAUUGUAAUGGAUUUCCACUGGCCAUUACAGUGGCUGGAAGAUCACUUUGUGGGCAACCUGAACAAAUGUGGCGAAGUAGAGUAGAUGAAUGGUCGGAUGGUUCUUCCAUUCUUGAUUUCGAGACGGAACUGCUUCUUCAGCUCCAAAGCAGCAUAGAUGUCUUGGAUAAUGCAAUGCCUAAGGUCAAAGAAUGUUUUUUAGACCUAGGUGCUUUUCCUGAAGAUGUUGAAAUCCCAGUUGCCGCUCUCAUUGAUAUGUGGGCAGAGUUGUAUGAUCUAAAGAAAGAGACGUCAUGCAUUGCCAAACUCUGUGAACUCAACAAUCGCAGUCUAGCUCUUUUACAAGAAUCAGAAUGGUCUGCGGAUUGGGAAUUGGCACAGGAGUCAAUAGAUUACAGUAAGUACGUUGUUAAGCAGCAUGAUUUGCUCAGAGAACUUGCUAUAUACAACUCGAAGCGGGAUCCGAUUGAGCAUAGAGAAAGACUGAUUAUAGAGAUAUGUGGAAACAAUUUUCCAAAAUGGUGGAGAGAACAAAAAUAUCCAUACAUGAAUGCUCGCCUUGUUUCAAUCACAACUGAUGAAGAGUUCUCAGUGAAAUUGCCCAACAUGCAAUUACCAGAGGCAGAGGUCCUAGUCUUGAAUUUUCAAUCCGACACGUAUGCCUUGCCCGAAUUUGUGGAGAGAAUGGAUAAACUAAAGAUGCUUCUUGUCCUAAAUUAUUCUCUAUAUUGUGAUGAAUUGGAUAAUUUUCAACUACUGGGCUCCUUAACAAAUCUUACCUGUGUCAGAUUAGACGGCAUCGAUAUUCGUUGCAUAACCAAGAGCCCAGUACAAAUGAAAAAUCUACACAAGUUAUAUUUGAGGAAUGGUAGCUAUCUCGGUGAAGAUCCUGUCAAAUUAUCAUAUGUAUUUCCGAAUCUGAAGGAAAUGGUCAUUGACUCCUACGGUAUGAGUGAAUGGCCUGAAGAGUUCUGCGAGUUGAUUCAUCUAACAAAGCUCAAAAUCAUUAAAUGUCCCGAUUUAUCAGACUUGCCUGAAGCGAUUGGGAAUUUGGUCAGUUUAGAAGUGUUGGAGCUUGAAGCCUGUCCUCUUUCAGAGCUUCCUGACUCAAUCGGGAAUCUUAAGAAAUUAAAAUCUCUGAAGAUUUUUUGUUCGGUAAUUGAAAAGUUGCCUGAACACAUGGGUGAGCUCAAGUGUCUAACACAUCUCGGCUUAAACUGUUGCCAUUUUCUAUCUGCCUUGCCUGAAACGAUUGGAAAUCUGAUCAAUUUAGAAGUACUGAGUCUAAGGUACUGUUUUGAGUUGUCAGAGCUGCCGCAGUCGAUCAGAAAUCUUAAAAAGUUGAACAUUCUUGACAUCCACGCUUGCUGCAAAAUGAUGGAGUUGCCUGAACAUAUUGGUGAAUUGAAGAGUUUAACGAAGCUGAAAAUGGUUGAUUGUUAUGCAUUGAGAAAAUUGCCUGAAUCAGUUUCAGAUCUUGAGCAGUUAGAGGAAGUGAUAUGCGAAGACUGGGACGCAGAACAUCUAUGGACACCCUUGUUACCCACUCUCAAAAACCUUCACAUCGUGGCGCGGUAG